UUAGAGUUUUUCUUUCCACAAGAUCUCUGACUAAACUUUUUUUCUUAUUUCAUUUGUGACGAUAUUCUGUUGCUACUGUUGCGUCAUCGCUUAUUUCCGCGCGCGCCAUUCAGCGCGCGCUGCACAAAACACAGCAGUCACGAAAAGCCAACUUUACACCGACUAUGGAUAACUGCAUGGACAAACCGAAAAAUGAAGUAUUGGCAUGGUAGUAAAUAUGUAAAUGACAACCCAAUGUUGAAUUUUCUGGAAAACUUUCUCAGGGUAUAGACGACAUUUUCAACACUAAAAUGUUUUCCCGCAUGUUUGUUCAGCUCGAAAGUGUACUUUAAUGAACGCAUGUGUUAAUCGAAGUUACUUACUGCCAUGGGUAUCAUUGUUAGAAAUGUUUAAACCGAUAUUGCAUUCGCAAAGAAACUGCUGUUUGGUGGAGAGGCGGGAGAUUCCGCUUGCAAAGAAAAAAAGACCUUUCUGAUAGGUUAUCACUCGGAAUGCUCCGUCAAAAUAUGAUCUGAGUAUCUAACAAGAACGUAAGUAGGAAAAGUAGGAAAAUAACUCUUUUAAACGGAGAGUUGUUUAAAAACAUCUGUUUGAAUGAAUCAAUAAAGUAAAUGAAGAUGCAUGAUGGAUUAAGUAAUUCUAUACUUGACAUAUAUUUGAUGUUUUUCCUUGAAAAUUAAAGUACUUAUAGUGACGUUGAUAUUAUUUUGACAGACCAUGCACUGAUUGCCUUUAGAACCUUUGUAAGGAGUGAAGUAUUUUGGGCGAUUACUACAUUUCUGAAUUCCCAGUUUUUUUAAAAUGAAUUCCCUUUUUUUUAAAAGUCAAACCCGAGACACUAUCCCUGGAAUUUUUUAGCAAAUUAUCAGUUGUUUACGAGCAAACAGUUAAAUGAUAAUUUAGUCGUAAAUAUCUUUUCCCAUUUACAUGUUUACAGGUCCUUCAGAGACAAGGUGCUGUAUAGAAACAGAUGCUGGAUUCACAAAAGCCAACGUGUAUGAACCGGGUGGAAACAAACAUUAUUUCUGUAUCUACUUCGCUAGAGGGUGUUGCCAUUUGGGGUCUGAAUGUGGAUACUUUCACGUGAUACCCACAGAUAAAGAUGAACAAAGGUCAGUGGGUCUUGCUAAAUGCUCUGUUUUUCAUUGAUAUUGAGAAAAUCAAUCUUCGGCGUUACCCGAACGGAUAAAAUUUAAGCAAAAGUCAGUAAGAGUGCUUUUAAUUAAGGUUUUACGAAGUAAGCGUAAUGGUGGUUGAGUUCCCCAGAGCCAAAAACACCAGUAUAAGUGUUGCUAAAGCAAAAGGGCCUCGGAAAUGCAAAAAGCAAACAAACGAACAAGUCUCUUUUUCGGAAUUUUAUUGGUCCGUUUGCAAAAAAACUUUGUUGAGAGUAUUAUGUUUGCAAAAAACUUUGCGAUUGGAUAAUCGUCUUCCAAGUGCCCCCGUUAGAGUAGUUGCACUUAAACACAGCUGAUAUUUCAUUGUAGAAUCGAUCUUGCCCAUGACGUUUUUGGCCGAGAGCGUCACCGCCUUCACAAGGAUGAUAUGGGUGGAGUGGGUACAUUUGACAAGGAAUGCAGGACACUGUAUGUUGGAGGAUUGGCUAAUCGAACGAAACUGGAGAAACUUCUGUGGUCUGAGUUUGGCGAGUGGGGUGAAAUUGAGGUAAAAAUAUACAUUGCCCGUAAUAAAAGCAAGAAGUGUGUAUUAGUAACACAACAACUUUGCACGUGCAUCACGCUUUUUUGUGCAUUUCUUUGCUGUCACUGUACUACUAUGACUUGGAAAUGUCUAUUUUUACGUUUUUUGCACGUGGAGGACGUCAACACUCGACGUUCUUUUUCUUUUCCUGAACUGCGGAUUUGGAUUUGGAUUUGAAUGAGACUGAAUUAAUUGAGUUUUAAGUGACGUUUUCGCAAAGAUGAAGCUCGGUUUCGCCCGCAUAUAGCGGACGUUAGUGGAGGCUCUCGUAAACGGCCAUGAUCUCUAUUACCGUCACCUUUAGACAUUUCUCUUUGUGUUUAUCGAUUCGAUCUGUAAGUCUUUGGCUCUUGUUAUCUUUUCCAUGGCCUUAUUCUUUCCUUUUUACCCUCUAGGACUUGAGAGUGAUACCAAAACGCAACAUUGCGUUUGUGCGCUACAAGAACAGGGUGAAUGCGGAGUUUGCAAAGGUGUGGUGUGAACUGUUUCGUUACAAAUUUAACUGGGUGCGUUAGGUUUGCAAAAGAUAGACAACGGGAAAGGUGUUGGAAAGGAAGGAGAAGUGGGGGAGAUCCGCGAACGCGCGAGGUGUCCCUUCUCCUCGCGUGAUCGUUACACUCUCACCCUUUCCCCCUUGAGAACCUCCUUAUCACGGACUAUGCAAUACCUAGUUGAUUCGAGUCAAUAAUGUUCAGUGAAUAUUCCUAGUUUCUUAAUGUUGUUACUGUUCUUCGUUACGACCUUGAAGACUCUGUAACAGUGUCACUUUAACCCUUUGACUAAAACACGAGAAUCUCGAAAAUAUACCAUUCGGUUCAUCCAAAAAACUGUUCAUUUUUAUCUUUCGAGAAUUAUCCGUCUCUCAGUUUUCCCCACUAUUAAAGGCGAUGUUAAACGAGACGAUUCGCGACUACGAUUUUUAGCGCAACACAGCGUUGCAGUGUUGAAACAGUAUUGUAACUAUUCGAAACAAUGUUGCAACGCUGUGUUGCGCUUAAAAUCGUCGUCGCGAAUCGUCUCUUGUAGCAUCACCUUAAAGCCCAACGGCAAAAAGGCAAUGGGCUAGAUUAGCAAAACAGCAACUUUGUACAUACAUCACGCUUUUUUUUUACACUUCUUAGCCGUCGUUGCACUACUGCAACGUGAGAGUGCCUAAUUUCACGUUUUGUUGAGGACAGAUACACAAGACAACAACUUUCUUUUUCUUUCCCUGAACUUUGAUAAAGUGCUUCAGAAUUAAACUGGAAUAAGCGCCAUAAAGUUUGAGGCAGCGCGAAUCACACUUUUUAAGUGACGUUUUCGUAGAAGUCGCUGUCCUUGUUGCUUAAGCUCCUAAAUGCCAAAGUAAGACUGAUACGGGAAAGUCUAGUCCAGCUUAGGUGUUAUGAGGAGAUGUCGUUGAGGACACGCUAGUUUUUUUCGGCGAAGGUGUUCCAGAGACGUGUCAUUUGUGUUUUUAAGUAUGAUUAUAUUGAGAUUUUUGUUCUGUUCUCUAGAUCGCAAUGUCAGACCAGAAGUUAAACAAUAGAGAAUUGCUCAAUGUAAGAUGGGCUUUUGAUGACCCUAAUCCUAAAGCAAGGAAGGAGGUGAGCACUUGUAGUUAGCGUUUCUAAAAUACAUGUUAAAUUGGACUCUGUGAACUCCUUUGAUUAAUAUAAUGACCUUGCUUCCCCCGUUCGAACAAAAAGAGAAAUUGAUCGGGAAAAGUUAUCCCGUCAAAGAAAGGACAAAUCCAAGCUAUUUGCUCUUGCUUGUCUAAGUCCGAAUCUGGCGUGGUUCUCAGGCGUUCCGAAGUAGCUCUUUUAAACAUUGACAGUUUAAACUCGGAUCGUCUGGGAACGAGGCUAUUGGAAGCACCAAAUGAAGACUCAGACGACUUAUCCAUCCUCGACUUUACAACUUAGCGAUAUUUUCAUUGCUCAAGGCUAAAUUUAGCAUCUUUCUGACCAACCUUUGUUUUGUUUUUGUUUUUGUUUUGUUCUAUUUUUUUCAGGAACUUUUAAGAGCGAAAAAGAAGGUACUCGAGGCCGCAUCAGAGAGAGGUUUACUUCAAAAGGCCCUUUUGCGCUCCCGCGACCCACCAGGUGGCCAGGUAACAGGGCCUUAUCCAGAUACAAACAACCAGUACCCCGUGGAAUGUGGCCCUAUGAGCAAGGAACAGUUCCAACAGGUAUAGGUUUGCUUCGCUGUUUUAAACCGUUUUUUUCUACUCUUAGUUAAUUUCCCUGGGGUUAAAUAUAUAGUAAAAUUAAAUAAAAUCAUUUUUUGUUACUUAUCCCUUAACUUUCGUGUCUGUACACAAAAUCCUAGGCCUUACCAUUUUAAUUGGCUUCAAAAGGUACUUUUUUCGUGCUCGCACUAGGAUUGUUCUUACUUUUGAGUCUCUGUACGAAGUAUUUAGAUGAAAUCAGGGCUUUUCAAGAGAAAUUUCAGAUGACGCUAUUUGUGGUGUAUAAAUGGGUUUUAACUUUUGGGUAUGUAGAUCGGGAAUCAUGUGUUAAAAAAGCUUGGCAAGGGAAUGAGCGCGGGAGACGAGAAAAAAAAUAAAGAACGAGAACAAAACAGAGAAUUGGAAAUGAAGCUACUGAUAGAACUGGGGUUCAAGUUAGGGUUUGUUCUACUUGUUCCCAUUUUUCAUUUUCCCGUUCCCUGAGUUCGUUUUCACCCUUUAAACCCUAAGAUCAAAAUUUGAAUUCUCAUUUGUUGCCCAUAUUCAUUUCCUACAGAAGUAGUGGGGAGAAGUUGAUAUAAUAUCAGGCAAAUUCAUCUUGUGUGAUCACGUCUUUGAUUCUCAUGACCACUUUAUUUUACAAAGCAUUGAUAUUACAAGGAGAAAUUUGAUGCUGAUCACUCUUAGGGCUUAAAGGGUUAAGCGCCCCGUUUUAGUAACAUCCCAGUCUUUGGAAGUUCAAAAAUAUGAAACGAUAUGAUAACGCAUGAGCUCUGCAACCAUAGAAUUAAAUCCUACGGUUUCUUUUUCCUGUUUCAGGCUGAAAUACUAGAGAAUGUGUACACAGACUGUACGAGGUUGGACGAGGCUCUGAAGAGAGGAGAGGCACUCCACGCUAAAGAGGCGGACAAUAGUGAAGCAGUUCAUUCACAGCCCUCUGAAUACUCUGAGUACAGUAGUGCAGAGAACACACAAGCUACAGAGACAGAUUGGAACAGUGAUAAUUAUUACUCACAGACAGGAUAUUAUAGCUACGAUUGUAGCCAAGCAUGGGACUAUUCGCAGUAUUAUCAAACUGAUGACUCGUGUUCAACUAAGGAUCCUUACAGAGAGAUACUUGCGUCCAGCGCUAAAGACAAUUCCGAAGCUUCCAAUAGCUAACGAACCAAGGUCCGAUCUUGAAUCAACGGGUACGUUAGUAUGCCAGGGAAUGCCCCACUUGCCAACGAACUUAGCUCCGAUGAAGGAUCGAUUGAGACGCAAUUACACGUCAAAGAAUCUACAGCUAGCUAGCCUGCGUAGCAAGCGUUUCCGUGCGGUUUAGGAACUAAGAAAGAGGAACGAGUGUCAAAGACCGCUAGAAAAAUGGCGCGAGGUUAAGAGCGGGGAGAGGGUGGGGAAGAAAUGGAGGAACUUCCUCUUUCCUUCCUUCCCCUUCCUUUCCCCCCUCCUUCAUUUUUUGGCUUUCGUUCCGUUUCUCUUUCUCAUUUUUCGAUCCCCGAAUCGACUGAGGGCAGAAGAAACGCCAAUGAUUUCAUUUCCGAACUAAAGUUUGGAUUCAGUUUUCCAAGUCUUCUUUCCUUUUUAGAAUAGACCUUCUUCACGUGCUUUAGGAUGGAUGGGAUAAAAGCGAUGUCACGUGGUAUUUCGGGGGCGGGGCAAACUCAUGAAAACAUUUGCCAAUAAGAGUAAUCGCAGUCGAGUUUGUUUAUUCUCUCAAAUCGAGACCACAAUUUUAGUCUCGCUGAGAAUGUACAGUUCGAGGAUCGACAAGUCUUUACGUCAUUAUCGCUUGCUGUGAGGACGUGCACAGUCGCUGCUGUAUCCAAACAUGGGAACAAUGAUGACUUUCAGCCAUAAUUUGCCAUUAUCGUCUUAACGAUGACGUCGUUAUUUUACUACAACUAACAAAAUCCAAGCGUUUCUUUGAGAUGAUCGGGAUCAGGAUCAGUGAUCCUACAUCACUUGGACCAUGGUAGAUCAAAUGAACCGAUGAAUCGUUGUCCGUAUCACUGAUUCUGAUCCGGAUCAUCUCAAAGGAAUGCACCCUAAGACUCUCGUUCCUUAAACUGCACUGGGA